UCUGUGUUACAACAUUUCCCACCAUGCACCAGGAGAGCGUUUUUCAACAGCAGAGAAACCGAUGUUGAAAGACCACUGCCACAGCGUUGGCUACUGCCGAAGAGGCAGUUGGACACAUGCGUAUUCGGAAGAUCCUCUCUCUGGAGACAGUUAUUCAUUGCAAAAUACAUGAAUACACCUGGACAAACAAUAAAGCCCCAUAUAAUAUGGGGCUUUAUUUACUAACACAUCUCCCAAAAGGCCUGUGAGUGUCUAAGUCACCCACCCGUCUUUUCGGAGGAUUCCUCGCCCUCGUCUACUGUACUGAUCCGCACCACUGCCAGGCAAUGACAUCGGCUACAGCAACUCCGCAGGAGAUGAGAGACCGGCUGAUGCAGGCCAUCGAUGGCCAAAGCAAUCAGAUCUGCAACAUGGUGGCUGUAAUGGAAGUAAUUUCCUAUUUGGAGAAAUAUCCCAUCACCAAGGAAGCACUUGAGGAAACCCGCCUUGGCAAGCUGAUCAAUGACGUAAGGAAAAAGACGAAGGAUGAGGAUCUAGCCAAGCGCGCAAAGAAGCUCCUGCGCACAUGGCAGAAGCUAAUUGAGCCUGGGCAGAGUGAGGCACUAUCCAAGGGGCAUAUGGGUCCGCCAGGCACUGCCAACGGUGGUAUGCAUCUCUGCCGGAUGGACGUCUCCCCUCCAGCUGCUAUCUCGCCUUCAGGUAAAAUGGUUCCGGAGCUCAAGAGUAGAAAUGACUUCAACAACCAUUACUCCCCCAAAGCGGAAAAGUCAGGCAACCGAAAACGGAAGGGGGAACAGAGGGACAGACAGCACAUACCAGUGAAAAUUUCCAAAAUAACCACCUAUGAAAGAACACACAACUCACGACUGCCAACAAAUGGAAUUGGAGCCGGUCCUGAGGCUUUUACGGACACAUGUGGUACACAUCUUAAAUCAGACAAGGAUGGUGCUGAGCAUCUUGACAUCGACAGGCUCAACAAUAUCCCUGUCAAUGCUGUCAAACCUCACCCUAGCUCACCGGGAGUAGCCAAACCUCCGAGCACUUCCACAUUGCUCAAAACGGCUGUUUUGCAACAGCAUGGCAAAAUGGACCUGGCUGUCUCAGGAGGGGGGCUGUAUCAGCCCAAACACCCUCGAAGCAACUCAUAUAGUCCCAGAAGUACAAAACAGGAUGCGGUAGUUAAACUGUCUAUGACCAAAUCAACGACUCUACUGAGCCCUGCUCGGAGCCCCAGGGUCAUGGACAGCUCUGGACUGGGGCCCUCUCCUUUGCAUUCUCCACACCUUUUAACUCCAUGUAUGCAGGGUUCCCUCACUGUUGGGCCUCUGCCUACAGAGUCUGCCCUUCAUUGGGACGGACCGGCAGACGUGGACCAACGCCUUCAACAAAGCACUCUGCACCCCAAAGCCUCGUCCCACAGCGAGGUGAAGGCAGAGAGUGAUGGUUCUGUCACUAGCACAGAGAGAAAGAGGAGAAAGAAAUACAGGUCCAGAGACUAUACAGUGAACUUGGGUGGGCAGCCCACGGAAGAGACCACAAUGCCAUGUAGGUUAAAAGACCGUAGACUUACGUUUGACCCUGUAACAGGACAGAUCAAACCCUCAACCCUCAAAGAGUCUGACCCGGAACGGGAGGCUACAGUGGCUCCGGUCACACCAGAACUUCCUCGGACAGAACUGCUCAAGCAGAACCAUUGUGCACAGAAUAGCCCUGUUACUCCCAGUCCGUUUCAACAGACCAACUGGAAAGAGCUGUCAAGGAAUGAAAUCAUCCAGUCCUACCUUAACCGUCAAAGCAAUGUGCUCACAUUGUCUGGGGCUCAAACCUCGGGGGCACACUUUUUCAUGUCUGAGUACUUGAAACAAGAGGGACAUCAUAUCAAAGAGGGCAGAAAAAAACGCAUGCUGGUACCAAAUAUCCCUGAUACGGACUUACCAGGGGUGAGCCGAGCGGUCACAAACGAGGAUCUCAACAGAAUACACAAGGAGCACUGGCCUGGGGUGAAUGGUUGCUAUGACACCAAGGACAACUGGUAUGAAUGGACAGAUUGCAUUUCCUUAGACUCACAUGGGGAUGAUGGCAAGCUGAAUAUCCUGCCAUAUGUCUGCCUAGACUGAGUUUAAUGAGCUGUGGCUUCAAGAGGGAAAAAUGGCACCUUCCUUGGCUGAGUGCAAAAAGGCAAUUGUCAAUGGAAGAACCUGCUCACUCCUUUGCAGAGGUGGUGUAAGAGAGGCCUUGCUAAUUGUGCUGCUCCCAUAAAAAGCAAACGUUGAUCAGUGUUCGAUGGGAGAGAGCUCAGCUGUAGCAUCACUGAAGUUCUUUGAGUGGAAUGGGUCCAUACAUUGUCUGCCAAAUGCUAAGAGUUUAAGGUGCCCAGUAACUUCAAGUAUGGAACCUGUUUGGCAUGUACAUGCUGGCAAAGGGAAUGAAACGUGUGGUUAUAUCAUGUAUGCAUUUUAUUUAUCUCAUUUUCUUUCAUUUUGUUAGUUACAUAAAAUAAUAUUAUACACUUCACUUAUUCAAUCAGUUCUGCUUGUCAGAUAAGGUAAAACUGUGUUCUGCAUAUUUUCUCACAAAAAUUGUUUGCAGUAGCAACAUUCCAUACCACCAUACAACUAGAACGGUUCUUGCACCAACACUAACAUCUUAAUAUACAGGGAAACUAUCUGCAAAAUGACACAUUAUGGAAAUGUGUGAGUUAAUAGCAUUUUCUUUAGCUUUUCCUUUUUUCCUGUUUCUAGGUAGUAAAAUAUGAAUUCUAAUGGCAAAGCAGAUGAUGCUACAACAUUGCAACUAUGAGGACAAACAGAAAAAUAAAAUGUUUAUGCUGGAAAUAUACUUGUUCCCAUUCCUUUAUAUUGUUUGCCUUGUGGAAAACAAUGUUUCCUCAAACGGAGCCUUAGUGAAUGUACAUAAAUUUGCCUUUUUGUGUUCAGGAAUGCAGAGGAGAACAUAUUUGCUACUUAGUCCUUUUUAAAUGGACACGUUGAUACAGUAUGUGUUAAUAAAAAAUAAAAAAGCAUAUCGUGAGUGUCUUUCUCCCUUUCAUGUGGAAAGCCGUUUGGGUCUUUGCGUGUCAAAUAUUCACGUCAAAUAAGCUUGUUGACCAAUCAGGACCUGAAUAUAACUGCACGUCACAUACUUUAAAGCGUAACUAAUUUUUUAACGUAGUGAUUACACUCACACUCGUAUUUCAUUUGUCACAACUAUUUAUAGAUACGUAUGCUAUGUUGGCCGUAAUGUUGUCUCGCGCACCUACAGUGCUGGUCAUUAAAAAAAAAGCUAGCUAGCUCAUGGAUGCAAACAAUGUUCAUCCCCAAAAACAUAGCAAAACAACAACUGUUUCAGUAGCUAUAGCGAGGUGUCAUAUAAAAUAACCCUAAUUUAUAAGACCGUUAUUUGAUUAAUGGUCGUCGGACACAUCUAUGUGAAGUUAGCCACAAUAGUGGACUUUGCGGUUAGACUUCAAAAUAAAAGUAUAUCAUUGACUGUGAUGCAAAUUAAUACAAAUAGUAGAAUUAUGCCAUAAUUGAAUAGAUCAGGCUAAACGAGGUUGGAAUGUGUAAGGAUUUAGGAUUAAUGCAUUUUAAACCCGCUACCAUAUUACUUAAGAUUGAAUUGUUUGAACAACAGCUGCUUUGUCUUUAUCUGUGUGUGUGUGUGUGACAAGAACUGAGUAACAUGGUGUGACUUGCAUGUUGCAAAGUGGUGUACUGUUUGCUACAUUUGCCCUGCCUGUCUGUGUGUGUGACAAUAUUGAGCACAUGGUGUGACUUGCUGCAUGUUACAAAGUUGUGGUAAUCAGGUAUAGGGAGGGGUGGUCAUCACAAGGUUUAACUGAGAUGGAAAAAUACUGAACACAAUAGCAGGAACUGAGCAACUGUUACAACUAGGGUGUGAUACCAGAACAGUGAGAAUCUAUACAUCGACAAAGGGUGAACUCCAAGAAGCUAGGACUAGUCUGAGAGCCUGCGAUAGGCUGAGCAAGUCUAAACCACGCUCAGCCUCUACUGUGAUAGGCCAAUAGACGGGUUGGAACUAUGUCUAUCACAGUAUAAGAACAGCUGUUUACGUACAUCCUGUCAGUUCUCUGUUUGCCCUGCGAGGUGGGACAGAGAGCCCGUAUAUACGAAAAUUGCAUUUACCUCAAUUAAAGAUAAUUAACGACA